AUGAGCUGCCGGUGUGUUGCUUUUAGACUGGCGUGUCUCAUGUGUCCAUGGGAGUGUAUUUUACUAAGCCUCCACUGCUGGGUUGUAGUCUCGGCCACAGGCUCACGGGAUGCUGCUGGCCCAUUCGGCUGGCUCCUUUCAGACAAAGGGCCUUUUCAUCAGUCGCAGGAAUUUACGGAGUUUGUGGAGCGCUACCAACAGGGCUUCACCACCAGGUACAAAAUUUACAGAGAGUUUGGACGCUGGAAGGUGAACAGCUUGGCUCUGGAAAGAGAAGACAAUGGCAUUGCUUUGCCCCUCGACCCAGAGUUCAUGCAGACCAUCAGGCAGCUGGGCCGCCGUCCCACACUCAGUGCCAUCACCGAGAACAUCAUCAAAAAAUACGGAACACACUUCCUUCUCUCAGCUACAUUGGGAGGUGAAGAGGCUUUAACUAUUUUUGUAGACAAAAGGAGACUGAGCCGCACUGCCGACCCGACUGACUCCAACAGCACAGCUGUGACUCUGGAGGCACUCCACCAGCUGGCUGCCUCCUACUUUAUCGACAGAGAGAGCACAUUGCGCAAACUGCACCACCUCCAGAUUGCCUCAACUGCCAUCAAGGUUACAGAAACAAGGACGGGCCCUCUAGGAUGCAGUAACUAUGACAACCUCGAUUCUGUCAGUUCGGUUCUAGUUCAGAGUCCUGAGAACAAGAUUUAUUUACAAGGGCUUCAGGCUAUUCUGCCUCGGUACCUGAAGAGUCGAUUUGUCCAGGCAGCCCUUAGCUACAUCAGCUGCCACUCCGAGGGCCAAUUUAGGUGCAGGGACAAUGACUGCUGGUGCGAGUGCGGUGUGGAUUUCCCCCAGUGCAACUGUCCUAGUGAGAACCUGGAGGCCAUGCAGGACAGCCUGAGGCACAUCAGUGAAUCUUGGGCCCAAGCCAACCAUGAGUUUGAGGAAUCAGAAGAGUUCCAGAAUUUUGUGCGAAGAUUACCGACAUUCUACGCUCUCAACGCAUCUGCUAUAAGGUACUUUUGGAAAAUGGACCUGGCUGUAUACCAACGCUUUCAGCUGCUGGAGACUAGCACUCAACAGCUCCUCGGCAAAGCACAGCGGAUUGUCAGCAAGCUUUUCACUCUCAGCAAGAGGUGUCGAACUCAGCCCAAAAUAUCUGUGCCCAAAGAGAGGUCUUCCAGCUAUUGGCUGAACUACAUCCUUUCCCUUAUGUACUGCAGUGAAAAUAAUCAGAUCGGCACAUACAUGGAAGAGAGACGGUCCUGCUCCUGUCAGCAUGAGACUCCGUCCUGCCAAGGUAUCAUCCCAUGUAUGGUGGGUGAGGGACCACUUUGUUCUUCCUGCUCCUAUGAGAACCGAUCACGGUGUGCUAGCUGUAACCCAGGUUACACUUUGAGUCAAGGACUGUGCAGGAACAUCAUCCCUGAUGCCACUGAUAAUUACAUAGGUUUCGAGACGGAUCUCCAAGACCUGGAGUUGCGUUAUCUCCUCCAGAAGCGAGAUGGACGAAUCAGCAUCCAUGCCAUGUUCAUUAGCAACGACGUGAGGCUCAACAACUGGUUUGACCCUUCUUGGAGGAAGAGGAUGCUCCUGACUCUGAAAAGCAACAAGUUUAAAUCCAGUCAUGUGCACAUGCUUUUGGGGAUUUCCCUCCAGAUCUGCCUUACUAAGAACAGCACCUUGGAACCCGUGUUGUCUAUCUACAUCAACCCGUUUGGAGGGAGUCACUCCGAGAGCUGGAUCAUGCCCAUAGACCAGAACAAUUACCCUGACUGGGAGAGGACCAAGUUAGAUAUUCCUCUUGACUGUUAUAACUGGACGCUCACUCUGGGGAACAAGUGGAAGACAUUUUUCGAGACUGUUCACAUAUACCUGAGGAGUCGCAUCAAAACAGCCUCAGCCCAUGGAAACGGCACAAUCUUUUACGAGCCAUUGGAGUACAUGGACUCCUCACGGAAUCUGGGUUAUAUGAAAAUCAACAGCAUGCAGCUGUUUGGUUACAGCAUGCACUUUGAUCCUGAAGCAAUCCAGGACUUGAUCCUCCAGCUGGACUAUCCAUACACGCAGGGGUCGCGGGACUCAGCCCUGCUGCAACUGCUAGAGAUACGAGACCGAGUUAACAGACUGUCUCCACCAGGUCAGCAACCCCUGGACUUGUUCUCCUGCUUACUGCGUCAUCGCCUCAAACUCUCCACUAAUGACGUGGCACGAAUUCAGGCUGCUUUACAGGCCUUCAGUGCUAAGCAGCCCAACUCAAUGGAGUAUGAAACCACAAAACUAUGUAGCUAA